AUGUCAACAAUAAAAUAUCAAAAAAUCGAUCCCAACAAUUCAAAUGAUCCGAUCGAUAAAAAAUUGUAUAAAUAUCUUAUUAAUGACUUUCGUAAAGGAUAUAUUGAGGUAACUGACAAAAAGUAUGUUUUCACACAAUAUUAUACUGAGUUCAUCGAAAAAAUUGAAAAUUUUGAAGUGUACGACACAGAUAUAUUCGUGAUGUCACAUCCGAAAACAGGAACUACUUGGACACAAGAAAUGGUCUGGUGUAUUGGAAAUAAUUUAGACGUAAGUGAUGAAUAUCUUUACUUACGUUUUCCUUGGUUAGAAGGCACAACACAGUUUGAUUUACGCGAUGCUUCAAAUGCAUUACCAUCAUUCUUUUAUAAUGAAUUUUUCACGAAUUCGUUGGAAUAUGUUAGAAAAAAACCACAUCCAAGGUUUAUUAAAACACAACUACCAUGGGACUUGUUACCAAGACAAAUCAGAACUGGGGAACGAAAGCCAAAAAUUAUUUACGUUUAUCGAAAUCCAAAAGAUACAUGCGUGUCGUUUUAUCAUCAUUAUGUAAAUAUCAAAAGUUUUGGAGGAGAUUUCAACGAUUUUGUGGAGUUAUUUUUAAAUGGUCGCUAUUCGUUCGGCCCAUAUCCUGCACAAAUUUUAAGUGUUUUCCAAGAAAAACAUCGUAAUAAUGUGUUAAUAUUAAAGUAUGAAGAAAUGAAGAGAGAUUUAAAUGCAGUGAUACAAGAAGUUUGUAAAUUUUUGAAUAAGAAUUAUAGUGAAGCUGAUUUAGUUAAAUUACAGAAACAUUUAUCAUUCGAAGCAAUGAAAACGAACAAAGCUGUGAAUUUUGACUUACUUUUUGGAGAAGGAAAAUUCAUGCGAGCUGGCAUUGUUGCGAAAAAACAUGACAACUAA